AUGGCUCAAUACACCCAAUCGAUUCCAAGCCGCCCAAAAGUGAAGCUGGGAAACAAAUUCCAUACAUCCAAGGCACCUUUAAUUCACUCUGGUAGAACAAUUGAGACGAAGCCGAGAUUGGGAAAAGAUGAAGUCGCGACUCUAGAACGCGAGUUUAGGAGAAACUCCAAGCCAUCAACUGAAACAAAGAUAGCGUAUGCAACGCAAAUGAAAGUAGACCUACCUAGAAUAAAUAACUGGUUCCAGAACCGCCGCGCCAAGCGAAGGCAAGAACGAAUUGAACGCGAAGAGAAAGCUUUGAUAGAAAUAUCUCCACAAAAUCCAGCAGAAGCGGCUCACGUUCAAUGUUUGAACCCAUUAACUAGUGAAAGUCUCACAAACUCUAUUGAUACAGUAGCAACUGGUACAUCACAUCCUCUUCAGUACUUUAGCAACCUUAGCAUAGAAUCUAACAACGCACUUCUCGGAACAAAUCACCAUAUGUAUAUUACCACAACUCCUAUUACAUCACAAUAUCCCACAGAAGACGGUGAAACAAGCUUCACUCUAGAAAAUGCUUUCAUGCCUGAAGACGUUGACUCUAAUUCUUCGAACCAGUUUGUCGAAACUUUGUCGUAUGGUUUUGAUCACACAAGCUUCAAAGAUACUGUUUCCUACCUAACGACUCAGCUUGUGCCAAAGUCUCAUCCCAUAAUUAACGUUGGUGACCAGGGAACAUCCACAGAUAGCACCCAACUGAUGUUCGGAGAAAAUAACUUGCAUUCACAAUCACCAGCCUCCAUACAAUCCCCAAUGGAAUUUAUAGGGCUCGAAAACAACCAAGAUCUAUUAAGAGAAGAGCAACUGGGCCGAACUAUAGACGAAUGUACUAAUUCUAAUUUUAUAGACGGAACGGUUCCCACGGGAAGUGGCCACGCUUCAUUCACUGACAGCCUUGAAAAUACUAUUUGUAACGCAGGAACAACACUCUACAAUCAAGGUCCAUUACCGGCGCCUGUCGAUGUCCCGUUCAUAUCAAGGCCUCCGUCAAACAUUGCUUCCCGUCGAAAAAAGGUGCAGCAAAGACCAGCCGCAUUAAUACCUGACACGAUUGACGGCCAUGGCACUGUUGGUCCACGUACAGCUUCCCAAGUUGAAAGGUUUCAUCGACCGAGAGAAAGUCCUCUCGCCUCACCUAUGCGACGGAUAGUCUCAGCUGGAGGGAACCGAGCAGUAGCAUCAGGACGAGUACAAAAACCUGGAUCAGAGCUGAGCCAGAGAUCACCUAUCAGUCUCGGUGGUUUUGAAAAAAUGAGUAGAUACGUGGAAAACGGUCACCAAAACUUCCGCAAUUGUCCAUCUCUGUCCUGCGCUUCACCUCAAAGUAGCAGCUUCGCCCCACUAACCCCAUUAUCAGUAAAAGAUAUGUCGCUGGUUAAUUGGGAGAGUGCUAACUCCACUUUGUCGCCAACUGUAAUGAGCCCUGAUAAUAACUUCGCCGUUAACGGUACCAAUACCUUCGUUUCCCUUGAAGCAGGAAACCAAAACUUAGCAUCCCCUGUAUCUUGUUAUUUCCAUCCACUAGCUCAGACACCCCGAGAUUAUAAUUUCGGAUCCGAAUUCUCUGAGAAGUCAACAUUUGCAGGUCAAAACGAUGGCUUUUUCAACACAUAUCAAACCAGCCCCUUUGUCUAUCCCCUUGGCCAAUCUCCCUUGCCAGUUUUCGCUCCACAGCUUAACGCCGAUCUAUUCGCAUAUGAAUUAUCUCUUAAUACUCCUACCGGGCCUGAAGUAUCCAUCCAAUCAGGUAACGAGAAAUUAACUGUGGAUAAUUGUUACCACCCUCCAAAACCAGCUACGCUAAAAGCAAAGUUCAACAAAACAUUUCAAUUUUCACACACAACACCCGCUGAUUAUGAAAAGUAA